AUGUCCGACCGUUAUCCUUCAGACAUUGACAAUGCGGCCACCCUGGGAGAGCCACUCGUGUUCGAGUUCAGCGGUAAAGUAGCGCCGAACAGAUUUCUGAAGGGUGCUAUGACGGAAAGAAUAAGCUCCUGGGAUCCUCGGGACCUCAAGGCGAGAGGUAUACCAGGCGAAGGACUCCAGAGACUCUACGGGCGAUGGGGCGAAGGUGGUCUCGGGCACAUCCUCACUGGAAACAUCAUGCUCGAUUAUGAUCAAUUAGAAGCCCCCGGGAACCUAAUCAUUCCACUGGAGGCGCCUUUCGAAGGCCCACGAUUCGAAGGCUUCAACAAGAUAGCUAGUGCGGCAAAACGCCAGGGAAGUUUGAUCACCGGCCAGGUUUGCCACCCGGGGCGACAGGUUGAUCAGAACAUUCAAGCCAACCCUGUAUCCGCCAGCGACAUCCAAUUGGAGGGAGAAGUGUUUGGACUGCGGUUUGCAAAACCACAUGCUGCGUCACAUGAAGAGAUCGACGACAUUGUGGCUCGUUUCACCCAUUCAGCGGAGUAUCUGGCGAAUGCCGGCUUCGAUGGCAUCGAGUUGCACGCGGCUCACGGCUAUCUCCUCGGGCAAUUUUUAUCCCAGACGACAAAUCACAGGACUGAUGAGUAUGGUGGAUCCUUGAGGAACCGCUCGCGGUUGGUUCUGGAUAUCGCCAGCUCUAUCCGUGCCAAGCUCCCUUCUGGUUCCGGAUUUAUACUCGGAAUCAAGAUCAACAGUAUGGAAUUCCAGGCCGGGGGCUUUACUGUUGAAGAGGCUAGGGAGCUCUGUAUCAUGCUUGAAGCAGCGGAGUUUGACUUCGUCGAAUUGAGCGGUGGAACGUACCAGUCCAUGGCCUUCGAACAUCGGCGGGAGUCAACCAAGAAGAGGGAAGCAUUUUUCUUGGAAUUUGCUGAUUUAAUUGUUCCGGCUCUUACGAGGACCAAGGUCUACAUCACUGGGGGUUUUAAGACAGUCGGCGGCAUGGUCAAAGCUCUAGAGACGGUCGACGGGGUUGGAUUGGCCAGGACUGUAUGUCAAGAGUUCGAACUUGCCAAAGAUAUACUACAGGGCAAGGUCACAGGAGCCAUCAGACCCUUGACAGACCAGGAUGACUUCGCAUUAACCAACAUGAUUGCAGGCACUCAAAUGGGUCAAGUUGCCAAAGGACAAACCCCCAUUGAUAUGAGUAAGCCGGAGAGCUUGGGGAGGUUUAUGGAGGCGAUGAGGAUCUGGGCUCGAAAGAUGGAAGCCGAUAAAGGUAAGUUGGAGAUGUAUGGUUACAUAGAUCUGGCCUAG